AUGGACCACUCGUACAGUCAAAGCAACAAGAAGCGGGAAGUCACAUCGACUCUGCAAGCGCUCUGUCGACAAGAAGAAUCAGCGUACAAGAUUAGUGGCAACUACUUGACGUCGACAGAGGAUGCCAAAGUCUCCCGUCGUCGUGGCAAAUGCCGUGCCGCCAUGGUGACUUGGUUCAUUACCGUCGUCGAUUAUCUCGAGUUUGAACGGGAAACGGUCGCCAUUGCACUCAACUUUUUGGAUCGAUUCUUGGAAACCCCGCAAGGCAAAGUCUGUUUGACCACGACGCCGCGGCAAUUCAAAAUGGCCGGCAUGACGUGUCUCUACACCGCUAUUAAAGCGCACGAACCCGAAGCCAUCGAACCGGAUCUCGUGGUGGAACUCAGUGGCAAUUUGUGUUCGGUAGAAGAUAUUGAAGCCAUGGAACGGACCAUUCUGGCCGCGCUCGAUUGGCGGGUCAAUCCUCCUACCGCACUCGCAUUUUGUCGUCAAUUGUUGGGGAUUGUUCCCAAAGGCGUUGUCAGUCGCAAAGAUUGUGCGGCUUUGUUGGAGUUAGCACAAGUCCAGACUGAAUUGGCCGUGUCCGAUCCGCGGCUCAUUACCACCCCGCCGUCGUUGCUCGCGUUGGCGAGUAUCUUUAACGCCCUCGAAUCGAGCAGCAAACAUUCCAAUACGGAAACACUCGAUGAUCUUAGUCAAUUGUUCUUUGUGGCGUUGGCGGGACGCACGUUGGAUAUGGACGAUGUCUUUGAUGUACAAGAUGUGCUCGAUGACAUCAUUCGACAGCACAACCAGCCCAAGAAUUCGAGUAACUCGAAACGCGCCUCACACGAAGAACAAGACAAGGCCGUGACGGAAGAGGUCACUUCGGAACACGACGACGACGAAGACGAAGAAGAGGUCGUCACGGUGGCAUCGCCCACUACACCCGCCAAGGAAAUGGCACUCGCCAUGGCAGCCGCAGCGGCGGCGGAUACGGCAGCAGCCACCAAGAAAUCGAACGUCAAGACACGGCCUUUGCCAAAGGUCGUGUCGCCCUGUAGACCCACGCCAUGUUGCGGCAGACCGGGAACGGCAGAAGCAGCAUGA